CUAACGGCUACCUCUUAAGAUGGCGUCUAAGGCGGCAACCGCGGCGGUUGAUUUCGCUCGCAUCUACUCGUCCCUGGGACUUGGGAAAGAGACCGUUGCCUCCCUUCAGGCUUUCCGCAAACGUCACGCUGACGCCCAGCGCCUCGCCGCCACUGCUGCCGCGCAGCCCACUACCAUUGACUUCGCGUACUACCGCUCUGUUCUAAAAAACAAGGCUGUUGUCGAUGAAGCGGAAAAGACCCUGAAGGAAUUCAAACCUGUUACCUACGACGUCUCCGCACACAUCAAGGCCAUCGAGACUUUCGAAGCGAAGGCGGUUGUGAAAGCGAAGGAGACUGAGGCGAAGAUUGACGAAGAGCUCAAGGAUCUUCAGGCCACUCUUGCCAAUAUCGAAGAGGCAAGGCCCUUCGAAGAUCUCACGGUGGAGGAUGUUGGGGAUGCCCAUCCUCGUAUACGAGAGGCUGUCGAGACUAUGAUCAAGAAGGGCAAGUGGACCGUCCCGGGUUAUAAGGAGAAAUUCGGCGAUUUGUCGCUCAUGUAGACGUCCACGCUGUGCCCACACUCCCUAGUAUAACGUUUCCAUCCGUGAACUGGACGUGGUAAUACUAUGCGCAUGGCUUAAGCUGAG